UCAGAUGGCCUUGCUCGCAGCAACAUGUCUAUAAGAAAGCUCUCUGACGAAUUGCAAAAAGUGGCUAUUGAAGAAUUAAAUGAAGACCCAAAAAGGAUACCUUCUGAUUUAACGCAUAUUAAAAAUUGGAUUUCAAAACAACCUCAUAUUAAAGCGAGAACAGAUGAUCAGUUGCUCGUAACAUUUCUUAGAGGUUGCAAAUUUAGUCUGGAACGUACUAAAGAAAAGCUCGAUAUGCAUUACACCUUGAAAACAAUAACUCCGGAGAUUUAUGAAAAUCGUGAUCCAUUGCUCCCUGAAAUUCAAAAAGUGUUAUCUGUUGGGCCUGUGUUACCCUUGCCAAUGCUAAGUCAUCCUGGUGGACCUCGUGUUAGCUUAGCUAGAAACAGUCUAGUCAAAGAGCAUAACUUAGAUCUAGCUGCUCUUUUUAAAGCCAGUGCCAUGAUUCAGGACAUUUUGUUACUAGAGGACGAUAAUUUAGCAGUUGCCGGAACCACCUUGCUUCAUGACAUGUCUAAUCUGUCUAUGACUCAUGUUUUGUCAACAGUUUCUCCGUCGUUGAUAAAAAAAAUUAUGACUUGUGUGCAGUAUGGUUAUCCGAAUAGAAUUAAAAGCGCAGCAUUUUUUAACGUGAAUCCUGUAUUUGAUGCAGUUCAAAAAAUAUUUAAACCAUUUUUGACAGACAAAGUUAGGGAUAGGAUACGCAUUUGUAAAAAUCUAAAUGACUUAUAUGAAGUCGUUCCCAAAGAAAUUCUUCCCGAAGAAUAUGGUGGAAACGGAGGCAAAGUGGAAGACAUUGUACAACAUUGGAAAUCAAAAGUAGAAAGCUAUCGCGAUUGGUUUUUGGAGGAUGCAAAAUAUGGAACAAAUGAGAAGAAAAGACCAGGAAAACCUAAAACUUCUGAAUCAAUUUACGGUUUAGACGGAUCUUUUCGACAACUCUCUGUGGACUAAAUAAAAAAAAAAUAUUUAACAGCACAAACAAAUAAUUAUAUUGGAAUGAAAUAAUAUAAAAUAAAAAAAAUAAAUGAAAAAUGAAUACUAUACGUAUAGUCACAAAAAAAAAA